GGAAAAACAACACAUUUGCUCUCAUUUGGUUCGACCUCAUGCAGACCGGCCGGUUAUAAUUGGCAGUGCAUAAAUAGAGUGUCUCUUCCGUUUCGACUCAUAAUAUUGCUGUCCUAAAAUCCUUUUGAAGAUCUGCAUUUUUUCUCAGAAAAUCGGAAAUUUUCAUUGUUUUCUUUGAGAUAAUGGUACGAGGAACUCUUGAAGUCCUCCUUGUAUCUGCCAAAGGCCUCGAGAACACCGAUUUUCUUAGUAAUAUGGAUCCCUAUGUGAUCAUCACUUGUCGUACUCAAGAGCCCAAAAGCAGUGUUGCAUCAGGAAAGGGAUCCGAUCCGGAAUGGAAUGAGACUUUUGUGUUUUCUCUUUCCGACGAUGUUCCUGAAUUAUCCAUCAAGAUUAUGGACAGCGAUAACACCUCGGAUGAUGACUUUGUCGGGGAGGCCAACAUUCCACUUGAGGGACUUUUUACCGAAGGAAGCAUACCCCCUACAGCUUACAAUGUGGUUAAAGACGAAGAAUAUUGUGGUGAGAUCAGAGUUUGUGGUGAGAUCAGAGUCGGGCUAAGAUUCACACCCGAGGAAGGCCGUGAAGAGAUGUUUGAUGCACAAGAGGAAAACUGCGAGGGAUGGAAGGAGUCUUCAUAUUGAAGUUGAUUUGUUACGUAUCAUCGGCUAUGAAUGAUUUAAUUUUUCCAUUGAUCUUUAUAAGAGCUACACAAACAAAUUGGCAACCCCAUCUAGUACUGUUUGAUGUCGUUUUUGGAGUGGUUUGUUUCAAACAUGAUUGAUGUAAUUUAUGUUGUUCGUGGCUGUACUAAGCUUCAGUUAUAAUAUGGGAUUUUGCUUUUGACACAGAAAAGAAACAUAUGAAAAGGUUUUGAAUAGAAAAAAUAGACAUUUUCCGUGUAA